CUCAAGUGAGUUAACUGCUCCUACCUACUGCUAAUAUUCUUCAACCCUCCUGAAUACCUGCUGGCCAGGUCUUUCUCUCGAUUUCUUUGCUGGUUGAAGAAACACUUCUUUCACGUUCUUUGCAAUCCAAAAAAAAAUAUCUGUCUCUGUUAUUCAUCUCUUUUCUGCAGAAUACUUGCCGCUCUCCAAAUCGCUUUCCAUGCGUCUGAAUCUUGCACUUUUUGUCGUUGGACUAGUUUCCUUUGCGUUUGCUUUACCGCUGAAUACUACUCAGCCGGAGGCCCGGGUUCUGUUUAGCCCAAAACCUGACUUGACCUCUGAUCAUACGAAGACAAAUGUCGCCACUCCGACUCCUUCCAAUAGCAUCGUGCCUAAUAACCAUGCCAUCAUGCUCCGGGUCACCGUCAAUCUCAGAAUCCCUAUCAGUAUCCAUCCUCUUACCACAAAGAUCAUAGACGAUUGUCUCCAAACCUUCCUUCAGGCUCAACGAUUCAAAAAUGUUCAUUUCUCAAUCAUGCACGUCAGAAGUUCACCCACAAACGGGAAAUCGUAUCGUUUCGACUUUUCGUAUGCGAACAAGAUGUACGAGGGAACCAUGACGGUCGUUCGGCAGACCACUAACUGGGUGGUUGAUUCUAUGCAUAGCAAUAUCCAUGAAGUGGAUGGUCCUCACCUAUAGAGUUUUUACUCUUUAUUUAUAUAGUGCAAGAUGCCAAAUUCGCCAUCCCUCCCUGCAUAAAACCCAAAGUUUUAAGUUCUAACGACCAAUUGUCCAAUACAGUAUCUUCCUAAUACUCAGAAUAGAGGUAUAAGAAAGUCCAUCGAUCCGACGGCUGUUCGUAGUUGUGUACAUACAUAAUGAUUAUACAUAUACGCGAGAGUUCUAACUCAAUCAAAAUUUCCAAGCUUU